AUGCCCAAGUUUGUGCCGCGACAGCGAAAACACAAGGUUCUGGCCCGUCGCAAGACGCCGGCGAACGAUGCCACUAUCGACGCCAAUGCGACCGAGAUUCUGCCCCAGGAGGAGCAAGAGCGCGCUCAGAAAAAGGCUGCGCUCAAGGAUGAGCUCACACGAGAGUCACAGGGCAAGAUGAGCGGCAAGAAGAAGAAGCGCCUCGACAAGUACAUUGACACAAAACUCAAGAAAGAAGAGAACCUUGAACUUCUAAAGAAGCUCGCAUCCCAAAAGGUCGACACCAGCUUGUUCCAAAGCUCCAAGAAGCUUGGUCGAGGGGCGGAUACCAAGAGAGAGGCACUGAGGCGGGCGCUGGCCGAGAGUAGAGCCGGCAUAGAUGUAGAAAAGAACGAGGGCAUGAUUCUUGAGAAGCGCGACUUCAGGGAAGUCGAGGACCACAGCUCCGACGACGAUGACGACGACGACGAUGAACAAGUACCGGUAUCUGCUCCGAAACCAACCGUACAACAAACCUCUUCACAAACAGCGCAAACCGACGCGCCCUUACAAGAACGCGCACCGUCACCGUCACCCUCCGAGCCCGAAAUCGACGUCUCUCAACCGACUACGGGAAUCUUUGCGGCCCUAAGGCAGACUGGUGGACUCUUUGGAAGCGGCCUGAAGAGGCCUCUAGAAGUUGACGAGUCAGGCAAACCCGUCAUACAAGUAAGAAAGCGCAGGAAAGGUCAGAGCAACAAACCUGUCGUGGUUGAAGAUGAGGUAGCAUGGGAGGGCUUCAGCUCGGGUAGUGAGAACAAUGAGCAGGAUGAUGAGGACGAGUCAGAGCCUUCUGGUGCUGAGUCUGAAGACUCUGGCUCAAACUCUGAAGAAGAAGCAUCACCUUCAGGAUCCGAAGCGUCAGACGAAUCUGGAGACUCUGAAGACUCGGAGGACGACAGCGAUGACGAUAGCGACACAAGUCCUGACGAGGAAAACAAGGUCGCAAAGAAGGAAAGGGCAUCAGCUUUCAAAGCAUGGGCCACGCAGCAAAGGAAUGAGCAAGUAGGAUUUCCCCCGAAAAACCAACUUUCUUACGCACCGAUUCCCGCCAAUUUCAAACCUCGAGCUCCCGAGCAAGAUCCUCUACCCCCAGAACUCGAGACGAAAACUGCGACCGACGGGAUACGGAAGGCCUUCAGCGUCAACGUCGAACGAUCGUCCGAGAUACAGGAAUCAAGAUUGAAGCUUCCCAUUGUAGCGGAAGAACAGAAGAUUAUGGAGGCUAUACACAACAACGACGUGGUGGUAGUUUGGGGUGCCACCGGUAGUGGUAAGACCACGCAGGUGCCCCAGUUUCUCUUAGAGUCUGGAUAUGGAGCACCAGAUGGUCCCACACCUGGUAUGAUUGGAGUCACGCAACCACGUCGUGUAGCUGCUGUCAGUAUGGCGAAACGUGUUGGUGAUGAACUUGGUGACCAAAGUACGAAAGUCGCGUACCAGAUCCGAUUCGAUACGUCAACGAGUGCCAAAACCGCUAUCAAGUUCAUGACUGAUGGUGUGUUGCUGCGAGAGAUCACCCAAGACUUUGUACUGACAAAGUAUUCUGCGAUUGUCAUCGAUGAAGCUCACGAGCGCAGUGUGAACACCGACAUUCUCAUUGGCAUGCUCAGCAGGAUAGUGGAUCUCCGCGCACAGAUGGUCAAGGAAGACCCAAAGAAUAAACCUCUGAAGCUGAUCAUCAUGUCUGCUACUCUACGCAUUUCGGACUUCACGGAGAAUAAACGCCUAUUCAGAAGCGAGCCACCUCCUCUGAUCAAAGCAGAGGGUCGUCAGUAUACCGUUGUAAACCACUUCUCACGUCGUACACAACGAGACUAUGUUGAGGAGAUGUAUCGCAAGGUGUGCAGGGGUCAUCGAAAGCUGCCAAAGGGCGGAAUGCUUGUCUUCCUUACUGGUCAGAACGAGAUCUCGCAACUCGCGAAGCGGUUGAAGGAAGCCUUUCCUUCCACACAGGGGCGGGAGGUGAAGGCUGGCAAAGUCGUGAUCUCUCCGGCAGAGACGCCGCUAGAAGCAGAAGACAUUGAGCUAGGUGGGCAGGCCGAAAUCCAGGACUACUUAGACGAUGAUGGUUCGGAUUCAGAAGGCUCUGUAAUCAUGGGACUUGAUGAUGAGGACGACAAAGAAUUUGAGAUCGAGGACGAAAAACCGGAGGAGACCGUCAUGAACGUCCAUGUUCUACCUCUUUACUCGCAGCUGCCCACAAAUCAGCAGCUGCGGGUGUUUGAGCCACCUCCCGAUGGUUCUCGUCUAAUUGUCCUUGCUACAAACGUCGCAGAAACCAGUUUGACGAUACCUGGUAUCCGCUACGUAUUCGAUUGCGGAAGAGCCAAGGAAAAGAAGUACGAUCUCAUUACUGGCGUUCAAAGCUUCGAAGUAGGAUGGAUUAGCAAAGCCAGCGCCAACCAGCGAUCGGGUCGAGCCGGCCGAACCGGUCCUGGUCACUGCUAUCGCUUAUACUCAUCGGCCGUGUUCGAGCGAGACUUUGAUGAGUAUGCAGCUCCUGAGAUUUCACGAACACCCCUGGAGGGCGUAGUGCUGCAGUUGAAGAGCAUGGGCGCACCUGUUGUCAACUUCCCUUUUCCAACAUCACCAGAUAGGGAGAGUCUGCAAAAAGCUGAGAACCUGCUCUCGUAUCUGGGGGCACUAUCUCUGGAUGGCAAGGUUACCAAGCUUGGUCACGAACUUUCGUUGUAUCCUCUCAAUCCGCGAUUCGCCCGUAUGGUCGCUAUGGGUGUUGCGCAGAACCUCGCAGCUGAGACCAUCGCACUGGUAGCGGCUUUGUCUGUGCCGGAACUCAUUGUGCCGGAAAACAAUCUGGGUCUUCGUGAGCCAACUAGAGAUCCUGACGCCAUUCGUACAGACCAGGACAACAUCGAAGCCGAAGAGCGCUCACGGCUGCGCAGAGCUUACAACGCCGCACAGGCUAAAAUGAGCAUCAACGCGAAGCAGAGUGAUUGCAUCAAGCUCAGUAACGCAAUCUGUGCCUACGCAUACGAGCCUGACUCGCACCGAUUCUGCGAAGACAUGUUCCUCAAUCCCAAAUCCAUGAAUGAAGCUAGCCAGCUCCGCCACCAGCUCACCAAUAUCGUUCGUGCACAUCGACCUACCGCCAUCGGAACGUACAACCCAAAACUUCCAGCACCUUCAGAGCGAAAUAUCAAUCUCCUUACCCAGAUAUGCGCGGCAGGCUUCAUCGACCAGAUUGCUAUGCGCGCUGAUCUUGCUCCUGUGCCUCCCGAGCUUCCGAGGAAGCCUAAGACUGCCAUCGAUGUGCCAUACGUCACGCUAUUCUCCUCACAAUUAGAGCGUUCGGACGACCCACAUUCGAAAUACGUCUUCUUACACCCGUCUUCUAUACUUGCGCGUACGCCACCAGCGAAGAUGCCAGGAUAUAUAAUCUACUCGCAUCUCCAGCGCGCGGCAACGUCCACGAUUACUGGCAGUCGGACACCGAAGACGCGCAUGCAUCCUCUUACUCCUGUUACGAGGCCACAGAUUAUCAAUAUUGCGCUCAACACACCGUUACUACAAGCAAGUAAACCGAAGGGUAAGAUUGCAGAGAUUAGUAAGGAUAAGCGGGAGUGUGAGGUCGAGAUGAGCCUCAUGGGUGAGAAGGGUAGCCAAGGAUGGGGUCUGGGCAUUAGAAAGGUGGUGCAAAGAAAAGAGCCUGGCGGACGAUAUGUUAUUGAGCGAAUACUUGGUUGA